UAUUACAAGAUGUCGAUUCACACGACCAUAAUGUUAAUUUCGUGUAUUUUGAUAAUAUCUGGAUUUAUAUUUGUAUAUUCUGCUCCAAUUGAGGGUGAUGGAACGGCAGAAACUUCGGUUAUUGGAACGGAUGGGCAAAUCGUUCCGGAUAUAACCGAAACAAGUGACGCAACGAUCGGGACUGCUCCAUUCGACGACGUGCUUGGUAAACAAUUUGUUGAUGACGGCGCCGUUGUAGACGAAGAUGUAAAAGACCUGUUAGGAGAUAUAGCCAUCGAGGAAGCAAAUGAUACCGUACCAUUCCUAAAUGCCAAAAAUUUAACUGAUGCGUUGGUGGCUGAAGCUAGAAAAUUUAACUUUUCUAUGAAUAUUUUCAACCCAACUGCUCCCGGUUAUAAUGCAAGCGUUUCUUUGAAACUGAUAGAUGUUCUCACAGAAGGCAUACGAGUUCUGGCAUGUGAAGAACAUAAAAUAGAAGAGGUUGGAUGUCCCGAGAAAGAUGAAGAGAACGACUGUCAUUACCAGAUAUUCACUCCAUUGGAUGGUUAUGGCGGACUUGCAUGCCGUACUCAGUGUAUUGCAAUGUCUUGUAAAGAUGUGCCAAAGGAUGAGGAGGAAGAGCUAGAAGCUGAGGCGGAUGGGACAGCAAUCCUGGAAAACACUGUAGGUGAAACCGAGGCCGAGAAAACCCUGGUGAAUACCAUCAAUACAAUGAAGUUAGAACACACAGAACCUAUAAUGCUAGCGAUGGCGUACCUCAAAGAUCAUAUGAAAAUGGACGGCACUGAAACAGUCGUGGACAAAUCAGUUGGUGAAGCAGAAACUGAAUUGGAGGAUGCAAUUGACUCUUGAUUUGAUAGUCGCACAAAUGCCUAUGAUAAAGUUGA